GUGGCCCCGGCGGGCGCGGGGACCGACCGGGCGCCGCGCUCAACUUCCACUUCUCCUUUCGCCGGCGCCGAGGUAUCGGCGCCACUCGCCCGGCCCGGCUUCCGAGGGGAGAAAGCGGGCUGGCCGGGCUGGGGACCCGCGUCUCGGCCCUCGGAGCGGGGAGGGGACCGCGGCGAUCGACCCCGGCCCCGCUACCGAGCCCCUUCGGCGGCAGGUCGCUCCUGCGCUUGGCCCAGCCCAGCAUGCAGCCUUGAACCUGGCUUAGGCCACCACCUACUCCAGCUCUCUACAACCCCUAUUUUACCGUGGCUCGUGGUGUAGGCUCUAGGCUCCAAGGUACAGCAUCUCUUCAUUUAGGAAACCCCACGCCUCCAGAGGGCCCUGCGGAUCCCGCAGUCGGCCCUCUGAGAAGACAGCAUGGCUAUUACUCUGCAGCCCAGUGACCUGAUCUUUGAGUUUGCAAGCAACGGAAUGGAUGACAUCCACCAGCUGGAAGACCCCUCAGUGUUCCCAGCUGUGAUCGUGGAGCAGGUCCCCUACCCCGAAUUACUGCAUCUGUACUCAGGCCUGGAGCUGGACGACGUUCACAAUGGCAUCAUAACAGACGGGACCUUGUGCAUGACUCAGGAUCAGAUCCUGGAGGGCAGUUUUUUGCUGGCAGAUGACAAUGAAGCAACCUCGCAAACCAUGUCAACCACUGAAGUCUUGCUCAACGUCGAGUCUCCCAAUGACAUCCUGGAUGAGAAGCAGAUCUUCAGCACCUCCGAAAUGCUUCCAGACCCGGACCCUGCUCCAGCCGUCACUCUGCCCAACUACCUGUUUCCUGUCUCUGAGCCCGACGCCCUGAACAGGGCUGGUGACACUGGUGACCAGGAGGAACACUGUCUGGAGGAGAAGGUCCCCAGAGAAGAAAGUGCCAAGAAGACUGGAAAAUCGAAGAAGAGAAUCCGGAAGACCAAGGGCAACCGCAGUACCUCACCCGUCACUGACCCCAGCAUACCCAUUCGGAAGAAAUCGAAGGAUGGCAAAGGCAGCACCAUCUACCUGUGGGAGUUCCUCCUCGCACUUCUGCAAGACCGGAACACCUGCCCCAAGUACAUCAAGUGGACCCAGCGAGAGAAAGGCAUCUUCAAGCUGGUGGAUUCCAAAGCGGUGUCCAAGCUGUGGGGGAAGCAGAAGAACAAGCCUGACAUGAACUAUGAGACGAUGGGGCGGGCACUAAGAUAUUACUACCAAAGAGGCAUCCUUGCCAAAGUGGAAGGACAGAGGCUGGUGUACCAGUUUAAGGAGAUGCCCAAGGACCUGGUGGUGAUUGAAGACGAGGAUGAGAGAAGUGAAGUCACAGCCACAUCCCCUCAGGCCUCCGCUCCCUCCACCUCGUCCAGCAGCACUACCCGGCGAGCCAGCUCCAGGGUAUCAUCCAGAGCUGCCCCGCAUGGCAGGGGCGCCACUUCCUGGGAAAAGCCAAAGGUUCAGCACGUUGGUCUACAGCCAUCUGCGAGUCUGGAAUCGGGACUGUCUCUAGACGAGGAGAUCCCCACUACCUCCACGGUGCUUGUCUCUCCACCAGAGAGCCAGGCCAAACGCACCAAAGCUGUGAGUACGUCUUCAGUGCCCAGCAACAUCCACCUAGGAGUGGCCCCUGUCGGGUCAGGCUCGGCCUUGACCCUGCAGACCAUCCCGCUGACCACCGUGCUGACCAACGGGCCUCCUGCCAGUACUACUGCUUCAACCCAGCUCGUUCUCCAGAGUGUUCCGCCUGCUUCGACCUUCAAGGACACCUUCACUUUGCAGGCCUCCUUCCCCCUGAACACCAGUUUCCAAGAGAACCAGGUGGCCGCACCAGGGGCUCCGCUGAUUCUCAGUAGCCUCCCCCAAAUUCUGGCUGGGGGCAACUGUGCGACCAAUCCAGCACCACCCUCGGUCACAGGGGCUGGCCCAGCCGGGCCCAGCUCUCAGCCCCCCGGGACUGUGAUUGCGGCCUUCAUCAGGACUUCCGGUGCCACAGCAGCCCCUGGGGUCAAGGAGGGGCCGCUGAGGCCCUCCUCCUAUGUACAGGGCAUGAUGACUGGGGCCCCCAUGGAGGGGCUGCUGGUUCCUGAAGAGACCCUGAGGGAGCUCCUGAGGGAUCAGGCUCACCUUCAGCCACUUCCAGCCCAGAGUAUUUACUAUCCCGUAUGUGAAUAUCUCUGUCGGUCCACCCAGCCACUCCCGCGACGGCUGCAGCAGACCACCUCCAGUGGGCCUCGGCCCCUGAUCUCCAGCUUUCUCACCUCACCCUGAUUCCUCCUCCACGAAGAUGGGAGCCAGCAGCUGUGAGCUUCCCGUCCCUCCUGUCUCUCCACGUGCCUUCCUUCCGUCUUUCCUCUUUCUGAGAAGGGCUCAGCCAAUUUUCUCGUGAAGUCAACCCCUCGACCUGGGGCCUCCAUCCCGUCCCCUUUCUCUUCUGUGAAUUCGCUUUCCUCUCUCCGCCAAGUUUCAGAGCCAGGCUAAGAGCUCUAAUGUGUCAGCCUUGGAAACAGUGAUAUUAUCUGAUGAAUUUGGUUAAUGUGAAUCAGUGCCUCAGGACCUUUGCUAUGUCCUUGGCACAAAACCAGCCACGUGACCUAACUACCUCCCCUGGUUGCCCUUCUCUCCUGGUCACUGCCAAGCCCGUCCUCUUGUUCUCCCUCUUCUCCCCCCAGGAGGGAAGCAUAUAUGGUUGUGCAGGUGUAUUUCUUACACGUCUCCAGCGCUUGGCGUUAACGUGACUUUUUCUAAUAAAAUCAGUUUAUUAUGACCAUUUCCUGGUGGCGGAAAGUAAAGCAUCUUGAAAAGGGUCACCUUUAAAAGUAAUUUUGGCACAAAGGUGCCACAUGGGUUAAGAGUGGCCCUGCCCCCCUCACCCCAACCCCAUAGAACUCAUCAUACGAAGGUCUUCUUCACAGUUCUUGGCCCCUGUGAGCCCUCACGGCACAUGACACUACUUCCCAUCCCCUUCGGCACCAGCUGGGCUCAUCCGAGCCCUCCGUCACCCUCUCCCUCUGUGCCCGUGCUGGCUCCACAUCUACCACUUUACGUGUGGGUGCCCCCAAGGGCCUCAUCCAUCCUCCUGGCUCCAGGAGGGCUCUUUGGGUUGGGUCUGAAAUCUAGAGCUCCAGCCCUCACUCUUCUCCUCAGCUUCUGGCUCACAUUUCUAGCGGUCUGCUGGAUAGUUCUACCUGGAUGCCUGUCAGUCCCUCAAAGAGUGCCCCUCUGUCAACAAUGGAUUUUUGAAAGUCCUCCACACACACAAAACCUUUCGAAACAAAACGGCCGUCAUGACUUGCCUGUUUCUGUUAAUGGUGCCACCAUUUUCCUGACCUUCUAAGCUUGACAUUUCAGAGCCAGCUGAUGGCUGCGUUCACUUGACCCUGUCCCCUCCCCAUUUCCUGAACUCCAGCGCAGUUCCCCACUGUCUCUCAAAUCUGGCCAUUCUUCCACAGUCCCAGCCUAGCUGAAACUCACUCAGAGCUUAACCCCCUCCCCAGACAUAUUGGCAGCCCCCCGGGGUGAUCCGACUCAGCCCGUCCAAUCUGCCAGGGCACCACCUCUGUUAUUCCUCUGCCAGGAUGCCUCCAGGUCGGGGUGACACUCAAAAUACUUCACCUCCAACCUGUUCUGAGCAGCUGGGCAUUAACCCUUUAUUUUCUGAAUCGUGAGGCAGUCCAGGGGUCCUGGAGGAGGUGUGGGGGAGCACUUGAGGGCUCAGGGCAGCCGUUCCAGAAGUACUUUGCGCUUAGCAUCAGCUCUGUCUUCAGACAGGUUCCCAAGUCUUUGACCUUCUGGCAAGGCCCUUCACCAUCAGGGCCUGACUUCCCCAAUCGGCUCAACGUUGCUCCCCUGACCUGUGUACUGCUCCAGUCAAAGGGAUGGAUUGGCUGGACUUUGAAUGUGCCUCUGUUGGAGUUUCCCACCUCUGUGCUUUUGCUUUACUUGCUUCUGCUCAACCGGAAUGGUCUUCCCACCCCGCUAGUACCAAUUAAGUUGUAUCCAUCCUUCAAGUCUUGGUUCAUGGAAGCUGCCUCCCCAGACCAGCCUAUCCUUAAGUGAGUUCAUUUAAACUUGCUGCAGUUGCCACUCUUUUGGCAACUGAUUGUGAGCAGCCUGUGACAUCUCCUCUAUAAUAAUCACAAACUGUUACUCAAAUCUUCAGUGACCUGAACCUAUUUAGUCUCCCCAAUUAGUGUGUUACCUUCUGAGGGGCAGGGGACUGUAUCACCCAAAGAGCAGGGCACACUACGAAGCAACUAGUGAGCAUCAGCGGACGGUUACUGAUUGAGCUGGUGAGAGAUGGGGGACCAAAGUUUGAGGUAGGUGACCUCCGACCUCCCCUCUGCACAGGCACUCACCCCAGGUGCUCCACUGCCCAGGGCCUGCCCUCCCUGGCUCAGUGCCCUCAUGGUACCCCCACCCCACCCCCCAGCCUUAGCACCCAAGAGUUGUUACUACUUUGAACAUCUCCUGCCCCUAAAGAAACUUCCCUGUCCAGUUUCUUUCCUACUCGAAGUGUUAAAUUAGCUAAUCUGAUAAACUAACCUGUGCUGAUAUAGUUAUGGGAGAGGGCUAGAGGAGAGCCUCAGGAGACAGGUUCAUUUCAACCAGGGUCACGUGGCAACAACAUCCCUGCCUUUGCAAUGGUUUAAUAGAGUCAAGAGACUUGCUCCUCACCCCCAGCAGCUGAUGCAUUACUCCCUCCUCUGAGCUCCCACAGCACUUUGUAUAUACCUCUUAUUGUAGCACUUAGCACAUGGUAGCUCCUUAGCUAUGUGUUUAUGUAUGUUUCCCCUCCGAUAGACUGUGAGCUCCUCAAGGACAGGGACUGUGUGUUAGUCACUGAUGUAUCCCCAGCGCCUAGCACAGUGCCUGGCACACAGUAGGUGCUCAAUAAAUGUUUAUUGAAAGAA